GUGCGCGCGCGUGUUUUUUUAUUAUUAUCCUUUUUUCGCGCACAGUGUUCUAUUUACAAACCACGAAUUCGAUGUUCUAAAGUGACAGUGUUUUUUUUUAUUGACGAGUGAUACGCAUUGACUUCUAGUUUCUUUUUUUAAAUAUACUUUAAAAAAGAACUACUAUUCGUGAAUCGUGCAGCGUUCCAUUUUCAAAAAAGUUGCACAGUUUUCACAAAAUCGAUUUUCAAAAGUGACUGUGUUUGACGAGUGAUGCGCGUUAACUUCUCCAAGUUAUAGUCGUUUGGUAACAGUGACAAGAAUCGAGAACAGGUGAACCGGUUAAUUGUGUAACUUCGUUUAAAAACGUGAUAAUUUACCGGGAUUUUAAUGAUCGUUCGGAAAGUAUGAAUCAGUGUUUACGAUGCGCGGGCGCGUGCCGAAUCGAUUUUUAGUGUUUAGUGAUCGUUAGAGCGACUAUGAGUGUUCCAAAUUUAAGUGCUGAUCAAAUAACAGAAAUCGAAGCCGCGGAAGCUUGCAAAUGGCUACGAGCGGCCGGCUUCCCGCAGUAUGCGCAGAUGUACGAAGAUCUGCAGUUCCCGAUCGACGUGUCCGGAGUCCAGAACGACCAUCCGUUUCUCGACGCGGACUCCCUGCAGUCGCUGUUCCGGCGGCUGACGGCGCUCAACCGGUGCGCCAACAUGAAGCUCGAGCAUCACCACCAUCAGAAGAGAUCGAACGACUCAGAUGAUGAGCAGUGCGCGCUCAGCGACAAGUGGCAGUACGAGCGUAAGUCCAGGAGGUGGUCCAGGGUGGUGGAGAUCACGCCGCAGGCGCAGAGGAGACUACAGGUGAUAGCAGCCCGGGCGCUGGCGGAGCGGGAGGCGCGGGAGGCGCGGGGGGAAGUAGAAGAUGAUGAGGACGAGACCCUCCCAACCAUCAGGGUGGGGCUGGUGGAUGCUGAUGGACAUUACACUGACGUGGAGCCAGAUCUAUUAACAGUUCCCGGUCAGAUACAGUUACCAAGUGACAAGGAGGAUGAAGAGGACACCGGGACGAGGUUUCGGCGAACAGGAUCCGAAAGACUCCGCGACGGAGCCAAAGCCCUGCUCAGACGAGUGGAAUCCCUCAAAACGAGAAGAAGAAAGCGACAGAAUAGAACAGAAGUUAUAGUAUCAUCACCUCAUUUCCUAGACGUCCAGACCGAUAAAUAUCCUGAACUCAACUACAUAGACAUGACUCCGACAACGCCCACAGCAUUCCCGUUUCCCGAUUUCAAUAGCUCCCCUAUUCGUGCUCCAGAGAUCAGGACACAACCUCCGUCCCCCAUGACAAUAAUGCCACCUUCGCCCAUAGCACCCUUAGACCAAUCCUUCGUUUCACAUCCACCUUUUGGGGAUGAUAGUUCGAGUUACGCGUCGGAUGGGAGUAUGGGUUCUAGCAACAAAAGUUCCAAGUCCAAAUUGGGAAGAGCCAAGAGGAUAUUCCAUAGAGGACUGAAGAGUGAUGAUUCGAGUGCGCUGAGCGACUCAGAAUGUCAGCCAGCGAGUUGGAGGCACAAUUAUUAUAAGGAGCAUAAUAGUCAUAAUACAGAGGUAUACGUAGAACCACCUUCUCCAGUGGAUUUGAAGCCUGAUCCAGAAGUUCUACGAGAAGUACAGAAGUCGCCCGGACACACGCCGCACCGGCGACAGGCGAUAAGGACUAGCUCAUUGAAUCUCGGCAAAGAUGGUCAAAAGUUUCGCGAUAGAAGUCUAAAGCGUGAUAAAUCAGCCUCAAGAAGUUCAGAACUUGACAGCAGUCCGAACUCUGCGGGAUCGAGGUCGCACGAUGGGGAUCAAGAUGACGACGAUGAUAGUCUAGAUUUAAAAAGUAAAAAGAACAACAUACAAAGGUGGUAUUCGUUUCGAACGAACAAUCUGAAUGGGGGGCCAAAAGCAAAUAAUACGCUCCAACCGCUGCCCAAUCAGAAAAACCCGGAGGCGUAUUUGUCCCGUCCCAUGUCGUCACUAUCGUGUGGUCAACUCCAUAUCCUGAGGAAGUUAGCUUUGCUCCGGCUAACUGCGUGUAUGGAGAGGUACUGUCCAUCACACAAGUCCGGAUGGAAUUGGGAGCUGCCUAAAUUAAUAAGGAAGAUUAAAACACCAGAUUAUAAAGAUAAAACAGUUUUCGGGGUUCCCCUCACGGUAUCUCUUCAAAGGACUGGACAUUCGUUGCCAAAGCCAAUUCAAUGUGCUCUGAACUGGUUGAAGAAUAAUGCCUUGGAUCAGAUGGGCAUCUUCAGAAAGGCAGGCGUGAAGUCCCGGAUAGCGAAACUCCGUUCCAUGGUGGAAGCGGCAGGGGCUGUGAACGCGGCGUUUGCGGUGGAAAACAUGAACACCAUAGACCCGGCGCAGUCCAGCUUGAACUUCGAGGGUGCGCAGGCGCAUGACGUAGCUGAUGUAGUCAAGCAAUACUUCAGAGAACUUCCUGACGCGUUACUCACUAACAAACUAAGUGAGACGUUCAUCGCUAUUUUUCAACAUGUCCCUGAACCCUUGAGGCCUGAUGCUGUCCAGUGCGCACUUCUGCUACUACCAGAAGAGCAUUUAGAGGCGUUACAGUCUCUGCUCAUAUUUUUGGCUGAGGUGGCAGAGCUUUCAGCGGUGAAUCAGAUGACGGCGUCUAACUUGGCGGUGUGUUUCGCACCGACGCUGCUAAGGCUGCACCACGUGCCGCCACAUACCGGCAGUACCAAAGAGGGACACUCCAAUAGAUUAAUAAUCGAGAGCGUGGCGGAGCAGCGUCAAGUGAGCGAGUCUCGUGCGGCGCACGCGUGCCUGUUGCUGCUGCUGCAACAGCACGCAUCGCUGUUCCUGGCGCCCGCUGACAUGCUCGCGCGAUGCAAGUUCAACUACUUUGAGGAGAGUGUGCCGGUGGCGCUCGAAGAACUCGGUGCAGACUUCAACCAGGAUUGGAAAGGUUUCCAACAAGCCUGCAUCAAAGCACUACUAAAAGAAGCCAAAGAAAAAACUCGAGGAUGGAUGUCCGUGUCGGGAGCGGCGCCGCACGUGGAGCUGUGCUGUAAGAAAGUUGGCGAUGGUCAUCCGCUGCGGCUGUGGCGAGCCACCACUGAUGUUGAAGCGCCACCGCAGGAGGUCAUGCAGAGGAUACUCCGGGAGCGGCACAUCUGGGACGACUCGCUGGUGAAAUGGCGCGUUGCUGAGAAGUUGGGUCCGACGGCUGAAGUGUUCCAGUACAUUACGUCAUCCAGCUUCAAUCUACCGCAGAGAGAUUACUGCGUUUUGAGGUCGUGGCAGCAAGGCGGCACGGGCGGCGGUGGAUGGUGCGCGGUGGCGGAGACGUCAGUCGCGCACGCGGCAGCUCCGCCAGAUGGUGCGCGAGGGGUGGUACUAGCGUCGCGGUAUCUCGCCCAACCUGCGGGGAAAGGUCGCAGCAGAUUGGUGCAUCUAGCGAGAGUGGAUACCAUGGGCCGCACUCCAGACUGGUACAACAAAUGCUACGGUCACAUAUGUGCGUUAUACUUGGCUCGUAUCCGCGCCUCCUUCAAACACAACACCGAGGGCCCCGAGUCAAAUGUAUGAUCGAAACAUUCCACUUAGGUCUACACCUAAGUAUAACAAGCCAGGCCAAGAAGUGGCCUUAUUUACCGAGGCUUUAGAGCUCAUGAAGGGAUAUCUUCAAGCCCUAGUUUCGUCGCAUGACACAUAGUGAGGUAUUAGUUUUGUCACAUGUACGUUGACAGUUGACACUUGAUGAGUAUGGUAAUUGGUAUGCAUCAAAUUGUUGUUUAAUUAAUGUUAUGGGACAUUUUUGGGAAUUUGGUGCGUUUGUUGUAUAUAAUAGUGCUCGUGUUCCAUUUUGAGGUCGAUUGUCCACUUAUCCGUAGACUAUGAAGCAAUGUUAAAUUCCCUAAUUGAUAUUACUUUAGACAUAAAUUACAAUUUACGCUAUAAUUUAAUAAAACAUCGCCCAAUUCUACGGUACUAUCAUAGAGAUUGAUUCAAAGGCAGAUAACCUUCCUUUAUUUGGUAGGACUGUCAUCUUGACAUUACCAGAACAAAUAACGCAGGUCCGCCAUCUGGCUAUGAAUCAGUCUCAGUAUCUACUUGGCGAUGUUAGUAUGUCACAGUGACAUAAGUGCAGUACCUACCUCCGUUGUUUUGUGCAUUAUGUUCGCCCGUAUGGGACCUACCAAAAAGCCUGACUGUAAGCCUAUUUAAUAUUUAGUUUUUUAAGUUAGAAUAUUUUUAUACAAAAUUGUGAUGUUAGUCCCCUGUAUGGUGCAUUUUGUAAAUAUUAUAAGUAUUAACUCAUCACAUUCAAUAGUAAUAAUUUGUAAUCUCAAAUUAGUCGAUUAAGUGAAUGAAUAUUACCAUAUAUAUAAAGUUAUCAUAACAUAUCACUAGUCAUAAUAUAUAUUACUCGAUAUUACCUACGUUGUCCGUACCUGCCCUGUGUUCAGGAUUAUAUUAAAUAGUAUUAAUAAUCAAAAUUAGUACGCAUAAUAAUUGUACGCAUUUGAAUUGUAUUCGAGGAAAUGUUAUUUAAUAAAAGUCUGAAUGUAAAUAAUAGAUGUGCAGUUUUUAAAUUUCGAAUCAUCACAAUAUAUUUAUACAGCUGUAUGAAAUGUUUCUUAAUUAUAAUGGUUUGCGACUUAAUUAGAAACCUAAUCACCUAUUUUAAACCUUAAUCUUUGUAUAAUAUUUUAAUACUGCAGUAAUAUAUUAUAUUAUUGAGAUAAUAUUAUUAUUAUAGUGGGUAGGUGAAAUAAAUUAGGAUAAGAACAAGUUGUAACAGGGUUUACAUCAGUCUUCUCUCUUGCUCCAAUAGAAUAGAAGGAGACGGAUAUAUCCAUGGCAGUCUUAAGGGUAGACAACGCAAAUAUUAUAUUUAGGUAUCUGAAUUUUCUGCUAUCUAUGAAUGUAUUUGAUGUUAUAUAAUAAAAUUCUUAUAAUAUCAAAAAAUAUAUCGUCAAAUAAGAAUAAAAUAUUAUACUUAUUGUAGAUACCAAUAGAAACAUUUCAUACAGUUCUAAUUUCUAGUGUUUAAGAUGAAGCCAAAUAUCACAAGAUGUAUGUUUUGUAAAUAUUUAAUAUAUUAUAAUACUAAGAGUAUAAUAUAAUCUCAAA